AUGAAAAUUUUCUCGAUUUUUUAUAGUUUCGUUUUAAAACGCUCUCUCGCCGAUUUCUUGGACUGCGGAUUUGUAAGAGAAUUCACCGAUGAGGAAAACAGCGUAGAGAUUUCUUCGCCGAUUCAUUCUUACUUUUUCGGUAAUUCUACUACUGAAAUCGUUACCUAUCCAAGAUCUGCGUUCUGCGAAUGGAUUUUUCAAGAUAAAUGCGCUGAUGGAUUUUUUGUCGACCCUCUACGAUUUGAUGUUAAAAGUCAUAAAAAAUGUUAUUUUGACAAACUCGUCAUAACGAACGAAGAUCAAUCGUUCAAUGAAAUUUACUGCAAUCAAAAACUCGAGCAUGGAACAAUUGAGACUUUUGAUCGUCGGGUCUAUGUCCGAGGGACCAAGAUAAAGAUUAUUUUCGAAAGCGACGUCUUUGGGCAAACGAAUGAAGGCUUUCAAUUGAGAGUGACCUCAAAAAAAGCUGACGAAUAUUGCCGGAUCUCUGAUCAUGAGCCUAUUUGUAUUUGGCCGUAUAAAGAGGACUCCAUUUAUUCAAAGUCUUUUGAAAAACAAACCGGAGUUGAUCUUCCUGAUUUUCAGAAGCGAUGCGCCGCAAGUUGUCGCGAUACUCCUGGCUGCUUCAAAUUCAAAAUAGAGGAGGACCAUUCUUGCCAGCUUCGUGGAAGCAUCAUGGAAGACAGAAACGAUGAAAGCUACGCAAUCAAUGGACAAGAUUGCUCUGAACCGUCGAAUAUUCUCUGGAAGGACUACGGAACUGUUGCGAAAAUUUUCUGCAGAUUUGGUGGUAUUGAUGAAGCAAAUGAGUAUAUUGACUUUUUGAGAGAGAAAAAUGGUCAUUUCAUCGAUUGGAAUACUGCUCAAUAUGCAGAUGGAUGGAGAAUAACGAAGAAAUGGACUGUCAAUCACGUGACAGAUCGAAAGAAUAAACCGCAUAAAAUUUGGUACAAGUUCGUGUCGACAAUCUAUACUCGAAAGUAUCUGGAGCCAACAAGAAGAUCAUCCGACUCCUUGUCAAGUACUCAAAAUGAAGAAGACGAAAGAAAAGUUCUCGCUCAAACAAACAAAGAAAUCCAAAAUUUCAUCGAAAAUCUCAACAUUGGACCUGGCGUUGAAGUUCUCGAAACUGAAAUUUCUGAUAUAAAAGUCGAACGCUUAGUCGCGAUGGAAGACUCACCAAGCAAUCGUCUGAUCGAGGCGUUCUCAAAACUCGGCAAUUUUAUUGAAGAAAACAGUGUCAAGAAUCAAAAACUAAAGAUCAAACAAUUUAAUCGAGUUGCGGACAAAUUUUCCUGGUUCUACGAUCACUCGAGUGAGAUCUGCAAAAAUAAGACAGUUGCUCUUUUUGGAACGAAAAAAUUGAGAUCGCCUAAUAUCGACGAUGAAGACAUUUGUCGAAGCUUCGCGUCUUUGAUUAACUCGACAAUGGAAUUUUACGAUCAUCAUGUCUGCCUGGAUAAAAUCGAAGCCGACAGAAUGGCAAAACGAAGAAAUAGAAACAUCAAGUCUGAUAUCAGACGAUCCAAAAAGAUUUUCAAUCGAUUUCUCACAGCUCUAGAAUGCUCUGAGCGACUGCCUGUUGCUUGA